AUGAGUAAUCGUCCUGUUUUUCCAAUGCUAUUUGGUCAUGCUAGAAAACUUGGCGAUCAAGCAUCUUCACCAUUAAAUUUAAUACAAUUACGCAUUGAACAAUUAACCAAUGCAUCGUUUGCACUUUUACAUCAAGUUUCAACGACAAUGACUUUUAAGAAUACACAUCAUUUGGUUGUGGAAGGAGCACUCGAAUUUACACUGCCUGAAACAGCUACCAUUUGUGGUUAUGGUCUUGAUAUCGAUGGUACGAUUGUCGAUGGGGUUGUUGUAGAAAAGGAAAAAGCUCGUAUUACAUUUGAAAAGGAAGUUCGCAAAGGUGUUGAUCCGGGUUUCGUCGAAAUGGUACAAGGAAAUGUAUUUCGUACACGUGUUUAUCCUAUAUUCCCAAAUCAGACACGCACUGUUCGUGUAAUUUAUCAAGAUCAAGCUCAAAUUAAUCAAUUGGGAGAUAUUGUAUUGAGUAUUCCCGUACAGUACAAUAAUAAAUUAGAUAGUUUGGAUAUCACAUUAAUGUGUAUUCAAACUCCAAAUAAUCAAAUAAAGCCACAGUUAUUAGUUAAUGAUCAUGAAUUUGUUCAAACAGAUGGUCGAUGGAUUGCUGAAUGGCAUUUAUCAAAUGUUGAAUCGGUUGUUGGUGAUCAAAUAAUUUCUUAUACAUUACCAAAUGUUAAUAAACAAUUAAUAUAUGGAAUAGAGACGGAUAUUGAUAAUCAUAGUCAAGCUUACUUUGCUAUCAAUUAUGUACCAACAUUACCCCAACAAACUAUAUUUAAUAGUUUUACAACAUCAAAAACUAUUUGUGCAUUUUGGGACGCAAGUUUAAGUCGAUCAACUAUUGAUAAUCGUAAUUUAGAAAUAAAUUUAUUAAAUGAACUAUUGAAAAUUUGGCUCUCAAAUAGUAUAUCAUUAAAAUUAACUCUUGUCAUUUUUCGCAAUGUUAUUAAUGAAAAAAAAAUAUUUCAAUUAACUAAUAACAACGAUUUAUUAGAACUAAUAAAUUAUUUAAAAACAAUUCAUUAUGAUGGUGCUACAAAUUUAAGUGAAUUAUCCUCAAUGGUUGAUAAUGAGUCUUUUACUCAUUAUUUUCUGUUUAGUGAUUGUUUAUCAACAAUUGGAAAUGACAAUGAUCCAUCAAUGUACGAUAAAAUGUGUUCAAUUCCUAUUUGGAUCAUUAAUGGAAAUUAUCUCUAUGAACCGGUGAAUUAUUCACUAAUUAAUUAUUUGACACAACGAAGUUCUGGUGGUUAUAUUUCACGAGAUAAAAUGAAUGAUGAUAUAUCAUCAAUCAUAGAUUGGAUCAAUAGUAUUAAAUCAAAAUAUUUAACGACAAAUGUUAAUCAAAAUUUAAUUCAAGAUAUCUAUCCCAGUCAUUCAGUUAUACUAACACCUAAUCAAGGAAGAUUUUUAAUUGUUGGAAAACUUUUAUCUUUGUCAACAUCGAUAACAAUUGAAUUAGAAUUCAAUAUAAAUAAUCAAAUUCAUCGUCAGCAAUUUAUUCUGAAUCCAUCUGAUCAGUCAUCAAUCAACGUUGGUUUAAUUCGUCGAUUAUGGGCACAACAAAAACUACAAGAAUUAUCCGUGUUUAAAGAUAAAAAUAAACAAAUAAUUUUAGAUAUCGGUAUGAAAUAUUCAAUUGUCACAGAUUUAACGUCGAUAAUGGUUUUAGAAACACUUCAACAACAUAUUCAAUAUCGAAUAUGUCCGGCUAAAUCGCGAACAAAAUUAUAUAAUGACUAUAUGAAGCAUAGACAGACAACUGAGCUAAAUAAACAGAAUAAAUUUACUAGAUUGUUGAAUUCAUGGCAACAACGAUGUCAAUGGUAUGACAAGGUGAUAACGGAUACCGAUCAUCAUCGAGGCUAUUUGUGGAAAGAAUUUUCAACAAAAUCGAAGUCAAAUGUCGGUGGUUUUGGUGUUCCAUUCACUCCUUUUUAUUCUUCAUUACUCAGCAAUUCAAUAACUCCACAAAGCACGACAAGUAUUUCUGGAUUUUCGUUUGGAGCAGCACCAGUUACUACAUCCUCCACAUUUUCAAAUACAUUUGGAUCGACUACGACAUCUCCUUUUACUUCAGCAUUUGGCAAUUCAAUACCUGCACAAAGCACGACAAAUGUUUCUACAUUUGCAUUUGGAGCAGCACCAUCGUUGACUAACAAUUCUUUCUCUUUAACAGCAGCAAAUAGUAGCAAUAUAAUCAGUUCACAAGGUGCUUUUUCAUCAGCAAUUGUUCCUGAAAACAAAACUGUAGAUUCAAAUAGUACAAUCAUUUUAAAAGAGUAUGAUCCACAAGCACCGUAUAUGUCAAGAAUAAAAUCAUCAAGUAGUUUAGAUGGUGCCUAUGAAAUUUAUUUAUCGGAACGUCAGACUUAUCGUCAAUCACCAUCAUUUUAUUUUGAUGUUGCAUCUUAUUUUCUAUCAUCACCAAUAAUUGGUCAAACAUCAUUGGAUAUUUUUAAUAAUCAAUAUACAUUAAAUUCUUUUAGUACAAAUGUUCAUAUACAAUCAUCAAUAUUAACAACAAAUGAAAAAAGUAAUUUAUACGGUUUACGUAUAUUAACAAAUAUUUUAGAAUUGGAAUUAGAAUCCGUACAAUUAUUGCGUACUGUUGCCUAUAAAUUAACUGAAAUGAAUUUGAAUAAUUUAGCUGAAAAUCUUUUUCGAAAAAUACUUAAUCUACAUUCAGAUGAACCACAAUCUUAUCGUGAUUUAGCACUUGUACUAUUAACUAGUAAUAAGGAUAAUGAUGAAAUCUUUUAUCUAUUUCAAAAGAUCAUUGAUGGUGAAUGGGAUAUAAGUCGAUUUUAUGAUUUUGAAAUACCCGUUUUACAUGAACUUAAUUGUUUAUUAGCAAUAUCUACUCAUCAUCCUAAUAUUAUUGAUCCUCGAUUAAUUCGUCAUUUACCCUGUGAUUUACGAAUUGUUCUUGUAUGGGAUAUAAGUGAAUCAAUGAUUGAUUUAUCUAUCACUGAACCAACAAGUGAAAAUUGUUCACAAUAUCAUUCUGAAACAUUCAUUGGUGGAAUGAUGAAUCAACGAACAGGUGGAUUAAAAGAAUAUUUAUUACGAAAAGCUAUUAAUGGCACCUACUUAAUUAACGUAAGCUAUGCUAAUAAUCGACAACAAACCGGAUCAUUCACGGGUGUAACAACAGUCAUGAUUACAAUUUAUAAAUACUAUGGUCAAUUUAAUGAACAAAAACAAAUUCUUACCGGAAGAUUGAACACUAUUGGACAAACAAUUGAAAUUGGAAAAGUCGAAUUUGGUGAUCGUAGUCAAGAACAAAUAAAAUUGGAAUUGGAACAAUAUAAAAAUGAAUAUCAAAGAUUAUUGAAUGAACUCAACAAGAGUAAACAUGCUGCAACUAAUAACAGUAUAAAAAUGGAUAUUACUCAUCCUAAUGUGAGUUGUGAUCGUUGUAAUAUGACGCCGAUCAAAGGUGUUCGAUACAAAUGUUUACUCUGUCCAAAUACUGAUUAUUGUAAUCAAUGCCAAUUGAAUGAUGAUCAUCCAUUGUUAUGUAUCAAAGAUUCAACACAAUAUUCAAAUUCAAUUUUACUACAAAACAGAUGUGCUCUUGUACAUCUGAAUACACAAUGUUCACUAUGUGCAAUGAAUCCAAUUGUUGGUAUUCGAUAUCAAUGUUCAUGUGGUAUUGAAAUAUGUGAAAAAUGUGAAUUCAUGUGUACACACGAUUUAACACAUGUACGAGCAAAAAUUAUUUAUUCAUAA